AUGAGUCGAUGCAGGAUAGCGACUAGUAAGGUUUCUAGUUGGCAGUGUCAGUGUCACUCUGGUUCGGAGAUUCCAAUCAAAGGGGCGAAGGCGGCCCUGGAUGAGGAUGCCCGGGUUUGCACCAACUACUCCGCACAAUAUGUGGAGAAGACUUUCAAAGCAUUUCAACACUUUGACCAUGGCACAGCCAUCUUCACCCUACCUCACACACCCAUCAAGUGUGCUGGCGCACCUCAAAAAAUCAUGUAUCUCUUUGAAGACUAUCUAGCCAAGAUCAGGCCCUGUCAGACUCCCCAACUGGAGGGACUAAUUAGUGGGCGAGACCUUGAUACAGACCCCUUUAUUUGCCAACGUGUAUGGGUAAUGAAGCGCGCCCACGUGCGUGUCGGCCGGCUGGCUGGUGGAGAACGUCAGAGGCCAACAGUGGUCUUUGACUUCGCACACUCGCAGUUUUUGAUUAAAUUUAGCCCUAUAGUCACUAUAAGUGCUCUGUCAACCAAUCAGGAAGGAGUGAAUGGGAGCGGUCGGGAAGUAACCAAUGGAAAUAGAGGUCGCAAUAAAGAUGCACAAAUUCUUUAUUUCACCGCCACGAAGGCUAUGUUCAGUGUGAAGAAGUACUCGGACGCGUUGGAAAAUAUCUGCAAGAAACGCGGGAUUGUGUAUUCACUUGGGCAAAAUCUCAUCGAGGUGGACCACAAAGGAAGCAUAGCUGUGUUUCAGGACGUGGACACAAAGGCGACAAAGGAAUACAAGGCUCUCUAUGUGCCUGUUGGACGUCAGGAUGGGAGUUGUGAGUGUGGCAGAGCACGCUCGGGAUAA